ACCCUAUCUUGCAACAACACCUGUAUCCAACUAGAUAACUAGAGGCUACUGAAGACACCAUCCUUAUUUUGUCAUUUAGCAUAUUCUCAGAUCGACUCGAUUUUCAAUACUGCUAAUACUUUUUCACUUCGAAUUUCUUCCCAUAGAUUUAUCCUACACACCUCGGAAUGUCACAAUUCUUCCCCGAUGGACUUCUCACGAGUCUUCCAACGAAGACGACGCUUCUAUCCGUAAACCCGACCAAAAGCGCAGCCUUAUUGAGCAAACUCACAUCAGCUACUGCAGCCAUUGCUACCAAGCACGGAAAGGGAGGCGUGCAAGCCACCCGUGCACUUAUAGGAGCUCAAGCUUCUUUGGCUAUCAUCAGUGCUGAAGGAGUUAUUGCUACAGCUACCGACCUGUCUGUAUUGGCAGAAGCUACUGAUGCUAUUUUCAGAGCUACAGUUAACUUACAAGAACUUGCAUGGGACAUGAAUGUCUACGAUAUCAGGCGGUUGGAUCGUGGAGGUAACAUUUUUUACUUGGUGAUCUUUGCUUUGACAGCUUUUUUUACCUGUUUCAUGUGCAUUAAGUCAAGAUACCAUUGGUACAAUGUUGCUUUCUCCGGAGGGUUGUUAUUGGAAUUUAUUGGGUUCCUCGGUAGAGUCUUGUCGUUUACUGAUAUGACAGACAGCAACUUUUUCAUCAUGCAAUUGGUCUGUUUAACAAUUGCUCCAGCAUUUCUUAUGGGUGGAAUUUACUUUUUGUUUGCUCAAUUGGUAGCUAUCCACGGCCGUAAAUUUUCACUUCUUAAGCCCAUGUGGUAUUCUUAUUUGUUUAUUGGCUGUGAUAUUUUGUCGUUAGUAAUCCAGUCAGCGGGCGGUGCCCAAGCUUCCUAUGCUAGUAACAAUGGUACCGAUGCAACACCAGGUACCAGAGUUAUGAUUGCCGGUAUCGGAUUUCAAGUAGCUGCCAUGUCCGUGUUCAUGGUAUUCUGGGGUUUCUUCCUUGUUAGAUUGUAUUUCAAGAGAGACCAUCGUCACAACGAUGUCGAAGAGGUCGAUGAAAAGACUGCCGAAGUUGAGCCUGUGCUCCACAAGAAGUCGUUCAAGAACUUUUUAAUUUUGCAUUUGAAUGGCAAGAAAGCUCAACAAUUCAAGAGUUCUUACUUGGAGCAAUUUUAUAACCCCAGAUACGCUGAAAUCAGACAAAGAAAACUCUACAAUUGGUUCCCCUUGGUUAUAUCCGCGUCUGUUAUCGUGAUCUACAUCAGAUGUGUUUACAGAGUGGUUGAGUUGGCCCAAGGGUUCAGUGGAUACUUGAUUACUCACGAAGUCUACCUCUUUGUCCUUGACGCCAUGAUGAUUUCUAUCGUCGCUUUGUUGUUCAUGGUGUUCCACCCAUACUUUGUAUUGGGACCUGAAGUUACAGUGACCGUCAAGUCGAUCAAGAAUAACGAGGAUGAAGAGCCACAUCAGGACUCAUCUGAAGUCGAAGAAGAAGGAGUAGGAGUAGGAGAAGGAGAAGGAGAAGUCACCGAGCCUAAAAUUCAAGACCAGGAGGGGACCGUGACCGUAACGGUAAGCAACGAAGCCCUCAACGAUAAACAAGGGACACGAGAAGAAACUGCAACACGAGAAGAUACCCAAGAAGGUAGCUACUCAGAACAGUCCUUAGAGAAUCCAUUUCAGAAACCCACAGAAAACUGGUAAAUAGAAGGGCGCUUUAGUAGUUGUGUCAUUGACAUUUGACGGUAUCUACUGUUUUCCUAUAACUAUUCGCUAGAAGGUAUUUACUGACUACUAUGGUGUGCUAUGGAACAUCCUAAACCACCUACUCUUUGUUUUUUACUAGUACUUUCAAAUUAAAUAUACACUACAAAUCCGAA